AAGCUCAGUGAGUGAAGCGCACUGAGUGCGAUUUAUUGAAGAAGUGAGUGAAAUCCUGACGCUAAAGCUUAGGACAUAAGCAGAUAUAGCUCAAAGAGUUAACCUCAGUAAGGUUAUGUGAAUACGGUGAGCCGAACUAACGAAUCAAGCGUAGGAGUCAGACCAAUCGAUAAAGGCCAAGCGAAUCGAGUCAGACUAAGCGCAGAAGAAAGCUUUUAGCUAUUCUUCUAAUUUCGUUACACUGAUAAGGCGUCACGACUUGCAUGCAACGGUAGAAUAUAAAGGAACGAUACAAGCGAUUGGCUUACACACAGUUUCACCAUGACUGAACGUAGAAUUACCUGGCUGCUGAUCGCAGCAAUGGCUUCGAGCUGCUUAUUGAAGGGCAGCCUGGCUGGACACACCGAUUAUUGCCAGCUGUGUGAUGACGACGUAACGCAUAUAGCCUGUGGCAACGAUGGGAGUUUCUCCGACGAGUGCCCGUCGAACGCGAAGCUGCUGACUAUAGAGGAGGAUGAGCAGCAGGCUAUUGUCGCGGCGCACAACGAGGUGCGCCAGCAAUGGGCCCAAGGAAAUGGCCAUGUUAAGGUCAAGGCCUGCCGCAUGGCCACCGUCGAAUGGGAUGCAGAGCUGGCGAAGCUAGCCGAAUUGAAUGUGAAGCAGUGCGUCAUGGAACAUGACGAUUGUCAUAGUACGGACCGAUUCAUAAACUCCGGACAGAAUCUGUUCAUUACGGGUUUCUCCGGUAUGGGUGCACCGGAUAUGUCCACCCUCCUGCGCAGCGCAGUCGAAGAGUGGGCACUCGAAGGCAAAGACGUCAAGGCCGGGUAUCUAGCCAAGUAUCCCGACAACUACAAUGGACCCACCAUUGGCCACUUUACGAUGGUGGUCCAUGAGCGAAGCAUCGCUGUCGGUUGUGCAGCUUCCAACUUUGAUGAAGACGGUUUCAACACGUUCUUAGUGGCAUGCAACUAUGCCACAACCAACUUUAUAGGCUGGCCAGUAUACUCGGCUUGCCAUAAGGCGGGCGAACAUUGUAAAGCUGGCAAAAAUCCCAAUUACCCCGCGCUGUGCUCUACCAGCGAAAGUGUGGAUUACAACUUUAAUGAUCAGGGAAUAUAAUGUUGGUUGGCCCAAUAAGAAUCCUUUGAAGGACUUUAUUACCAAAUGAUAAAGUUAUAUCUAAAGAUUCAAUAUAUUUAUAUGCAUGCACAUUUCAAA